UGACGUCAAUAUCCCGCGGCAAGCCCGCUGCUCUCGCGAGAGGGUGCGUGGGCGGAAGCGCAGCGAUCUGCCGCAGGAUGCGGUUCCUGCUCUGGUUCGCGCUCCUAUGGAGUGUUGCUAUCCCGACCGGAGCCAACGCCGAUCCUACUGAGCCUCAGGGAGGAGAGCCCGCGGACCUCUCGGGGAAGGAGUCCCGCCAGAAGGAUGCCGGCGCUGCCCCCGACCCCGCGGAGCCCCCCGCCCCCGCCUCGGGGCCCCUCCCCCCCGCCUCGGGGCCGGCUCCCAGCCCAGACUCGGGGGCCGGAGACGGGCCUGGCGGCGGUAUAGUGAAGAACCAGCCGGCCAAACCGGGAAAGAGCUCGGCCGUCCGCGCGGGAAGCCAGAGUUCCACCGACCAGGGGGGUGACUCCGGGCCCGAGACGGGAAAGGGAAAGUCCGCCGAGCAGGAAGGUGGCUCCGCGCCAGACCCCAAGAAGGACAAGCCCAUCAGCGCAGGAGAGCAGACGCCCGGCGACCAGAAGCCCCCCCCCGAGACAACAAGGAAGAACCCCUCCGGCACGGGAAAGGACAAGCCGGACCCCGAGAAAACCGAGUCCCAGGAAAAGGAUAAGCCCAAGGACCCAGGAAGCGACCACUCCCCGCCGGGCACGGCACAGGAUGAGUCACCCAACGACCAGCAAGAUAACCCUGCAGUGGAGAUAGCAAGGGAGGAGCCCGCCGACGCAGGAAGCGACAGGUCCAGUGACCAGAAAAAGGAAUCCCCAUCAGACACAGGAAGGGAUGAGCCCAACCAUCAGAAAGAUGCCGCUGCGCUGGAGACAGUAAGGAAUGAGCCCACCGACCCAGGAAAGGACUCCCCACCGGGCACUGAGCUGAAAAACGGCUUGCCAAGCCACUCAGAAAAGGGCUCCCCAACUAACAUAGGAAAAGACAAGCCCGGUGACACAGAAAAGGACAAACUGCCCAGCCCCAAAGAGGGCAAGCCAGCCAACCCAGCAGAAGCCAGUCAGGGGACCGACACAGGAAAGGGCAAACAUGAAGCUGGCCCAGGGGAGCCCAAACCUGACACAGACACAAAAGACAGACCUGAACUAACCCCUGAUUCUGAUAAAGACUUUAUUAAGUUUGGUUCUGGUGAAUCAUUUAAAGAACAGUCACCAAAAAACAAUCCGAAUCGUCCAUCAGACAAUAUUGACCGUGGCCUCCCUUAUUUGAAGGAGAGUGGCCCUGGCAAGGAAAAUUCAGAGAGCAGCCACUUUUUUGCAUACUUGGUCACAGCAGCCAUCCUGGUAGCUGUCCUGUACAUUGCCUAUCACAACAAGCGAAAGAUCAUUGCUUUUGCCCUGGAAGGAAAGCGAGCCAAAGUCACCAGGAGACCAAAGGCCAGUGACUACCAACGCUUGGACCAGAAGAUCUGAUUUCAUCUUGAGAAAUAUGCCCACCCUACUGCUUUGUGUCUGAAGUACAAGAGCCCUGAAGAAUGGUGCCUGAACUGGGACUCUUGGGCGAGUCUGGGCCAGUCAAGGCAGGGGAUGGUUUCUUCUUUGCACCUGCACUUUGAUAAAAAUCAGACUCCCUAUGUUUUCUGGUUGUUAUGCUGUUUUCUUCCGUUCUUUCCUCCUCUAUGGGUGAGUGACGAGGAGCAAGAGCUUAUUGGGCUGUGACCAAAGGAAAAUCCUGGCCCGGGAUGUGCUGUUGCUGCACCUUCUCCCCUGGGGCUUUGAGGUAGAAAGGUUUGCCUUAGCAGGAAGCUUUGCACUCUUUUGACUGUUUCUCUCUGCCAGCUUCAGAGCAGACCCAAGUUAGGGUAUUUCUCAGGCCCUACUUCACAUAAGAGAUGGUAAUGACCAAAGGGGGAGAGAUUU